AUAUACACUAAGGGGCGGGGCCUGGCGUGCCCGCGCCCGCGGAUCGCGGAAGGCUCCACCCAGCUAAGUUUGCGGGCGAGGUCCGGGGCAGAGCUAGGGCAGAGUGGCUGGCACCACAGUUGGAUCGGGUCCUGGCACUGAACUAGUAGAGCUGCUCUCUGCGCCCUCGGCAUCCAUGGCGGCAGCCGAAGAACCGGGUCAGCUGUCGGAGGCUUCCGCCUCGGAGCUCUCGGCCUCGCCGCUGGCCUGCCGCUUCUUUCUGGAGGGCCGCUGCCGCUUCGGCGCCCGCUGCCGCCAGCCCCACCCCGGGGCGCCGCCGGCGCUGUCUGGCGGCGGGGCGCAGCCUGACGCCGGGGCCAAGAAGCCGCCGCUACGCACGGCCGCGGCCGUCAUCCAGCGCAUCCGCUGGGACCCGCGUCUCGACCCUGCCGACUUCUCUGUGGGCUACGCCGACCGCUUCCUGGGUGUGCGCGAGGAGCCCUUCACCGCCUUCUGCUGGGACGAACCGCUGGCGGCGCUGGGGCCGGGCGUCCUGGCCGUGCCGCAGCACCGCGUGCGCUACUUCCGCUUCCGCGGCCGCCUGGUGUGGGACCGUGCCUCGCGCACUGACCUCGUCUUCGGCUCGGGCUCGACCGCUGGCCGGGGCCCUACUAUCCUGGACGCGCUGGACGACGGGGACGCCCACGGCGUCGAUGACGAGCUGGACGACGGGGUCGCGCACGACAUCGAGGACGAGCUGGGAAAUGGAGAUGAGCAUGGCAGCGGGGGCGCGCACGGCCACGAGAACGAGCCGGAAGGCGGGAACGCGCACUGGCCAGAGGUUGCCCUAGGGAACCUAGGCACCCAGAGGACAAGAGAUGUUCCAGAGGGGAGGGUGACUCAGGCUGCUACUAGAAGAGAGACCAGUGGAAAGCCGGCCGGGACUGGGCUCAGGGAGUUGGGCCCGAGAGAGCAUGAGGUGGUUGAACAGACAGAGGUGAGCAGGGCCACCAACUCUAGAACAAAAGCCCCUAGGGAACACCUCCAAGGAGAGAGAGAGAGGGCCUUGAAACCAAGGCAGGCCCCUGGAGUCAAGGAGCUGUCACUGAGGCAGGGGCAGGCCCUGGCACCCCAGGGACCAUCCACUGGAGAGAUGGAAGAAGAGUGGGGUCCAGAGGGGUGGCCUCAGGACACUGAAAAAGCAUUGCUAGAUAGAACUGUAGCUCCUCGCCAGCCCCGGCCCACACAUUUUGUGGCCCUCAUGGUGACUGAGCCGGCGCUUCAGGCAGAAGUGACCAAGGCUCAGGAGUACCUGGCCCAAAUUGCCCCAUUCUGUGCUGCGUUCCUGGUGCCCACACAAGACCUGCACCUGACACUUGCCCUGCUGCGGCUGGCAGGCCCCGGGGAGGAGGCAGCUGCAGUCCCUGCCCUGAGGCGGGUCCUCUCUGCCCCAGGGCUUCAAGCACCCCCUCUGCUGCAGUUUAAAGACCUAGUUCUCUUGGGCCACCAUGUGCUCUGUGCCCCACCAUCCCCCACACUGGCAGGCAUGGCCCAGACUUUGAGCCAGAGACUGGAGGCUGAGGGACUGAGAGGUAAGGCCCCAGGUGGGAUGCAGCCCCACCUCACCCUGGCCAAGGUGCCCCAUGGCUCCCAAGUCCACCUUCCAGAGCCUGGGAUCAGCCUGAACCAUGAGAUGGGGAGCCAGCCCCUGGGAAGACUAUGGCUGUGCCGCAUGGGGAAAGCAGGGAGCACCUACCAGUCCCUGGCUGAGGUCCCCCUGGGCUGAAAAAGGAUCCAACAACCGGGGGU